CACAAGCAGCCAGCUCCCAGAAAAAUCCGUCCAUCCCCAACCGCCCAGAUCCUCCCCUCCCACUAUCUUGAUCAGUUGUUGUCUUUUCACAUCGGAUAUCCUUGGAGAGAUGGUGACGGUUACAUUCGAAAAGCAUCAAGUUGUGCAAGAGAUUACAGGUUUCUCCCCCAAGAGAAAAAACCAGUGUGAUCAGAUAUCACAACAUGGCGUCCUUUCAGGAAUGGUAACAUGUUUGGUCAGUGUUCGGUGAUCUACAAGGGCAUACCUGCCCUUUUAGUGGAAGCUGGACCCAGUCAAGGCCACUCCUGCAGUACAGCGUUGCCCUCGCAACUGCAAAAGCUACAUAAAACUACUCCCUCUCUUUCACAGCGAUCUCUUUUUCUCUCGACUGCAUCAAAGAAGACGAAGAAGAAGAAGAAGAAAAGGAAAGGAUUGGGUGGAGGCGGCAAGCAAUGGGGAGCUCCUGUAUGGCAGCAGUACCUCCUCUGAGAAUGGCGUCGAAGGCGCAGAUGCUACUGCUGCUACUGCUAGUGGUGUGUCGGAUGGAGUGGGGGUGGGCCUUCGAGUUCACUGUCGGAGGGGACAUGGGUUGGGCCAUUCCUCCUGCCAAUGACACCGACAUGUACAAUCAGUGGGCUUCCAAGAACAGGUUCCAAGUAGGCGACACCCUCCACUUCAAGUACAAAAAGGACUCGGUAAUGGUGGUGAGCGAUACGGAUUACGACAAGUGCAACUCCUCCCACCCACUCUUCUACUACAACAACGGGAACACCGACUUCAAGAUCAGCCAGUCGGGCCUCCUGUACUUCAUUAGUGGCGUUUCCGGCCACUGCGAGAAAGGGCAGAAGAUGAUUGUCAAGGUGCUGAGCGGGCCAGCCUCUCCAUCCCCUGGGGGGAGCCCUUCGACGCCCUCCCCACCUGGCUCCAACGCCGACGUCGCCGGCCUUCUCCCAACGUCCGCCACCGUCUGCUCCCUCGCCGCUUCCAUCCUGGUGGCGCUUGUCGCACAUUAAACUCUGCCGAGUCGUGUCGAUGUGAUGAGUUCGCCUUGCUUCUCUCCCCGUUCCUGUUUUAUCCGUUUCAGUUUCUACUUUCUGGUUUCUAAAGGAAAAAAAGAGUGGGGAAAACGUUCCUUUAUUGUGAACCUGAAGGCCGAAGUGCUUGUUGAUUAGGUUUAGUUACAUCUCAUGUUAAUUCUUGCACGUUUUGAAAGUGAAACUUUUGAUUUGUGGUUGCUUGAACGAAGACGUGGCGUCAGAUCGUGUUUUGAA